AUGGACUUGCCAGCUUCAUAUUACGGGAAACUUGAUAAAAGAAACCCAGUUAUUUCUGCUUUUGAACGGGACAUUAAUUCGUUUAUAGCACUAAUGAGACGAGUCGUUUCUUCAACCGGUCAAGACGACAACGGCUCUUAUGCUAAAGGGAUUAAAAUCCUGGUGGAGAUAUGGAGAAAGUACAAGCAUCGACUCCCUCCCAGGUUGUACCAGGAACGUAUGCUGCAGAUUGCAGAUUUUCUCUUUGGAAUAAAGUUGUACCAGCUGGCUCUUUGGCAGGGCUACAGUCUCCACCUGCAGGAGUUCAGCUUAGUGAGAAUCACUGACAUCACAGAUGUGGACCACUUCAUGGCCUGCUUCUUCCCUGAAGGUUUUGAUACUGACCAGGAUGCCUUUGCCAUGAAGAUCCGUGCAAUGCAGGGCUGUGCCCUGUGUAUAUUUGAGCAGGAGAAAAGGCACAGCGUCCUCAGCCAGAAGGGACUCUGUAGUCUACUGCGUGUGCUGAACUUCAUCAGGAUCAUGAUGCAGGCUUUUCAGCAACAUGAGCACCUCUGCUGGCAAAUAUAUAAUGGUUCGUUACACAUCUACACCAUCUGUCGGUAUCUGAUGACCAUGAAUUGUAGUGCACAGGCACUGGAGUACCUCCUGUGGGCAAGCAUCAGUUUAGAGCUGUCCAUCCCUCUGAUGACUGCUAAGUAUGUGCCAUGGAUUGUCACACUCUACUGUGCUGUCUGCCACUGUUACUAUGACAACCAGGCUGCAGUUCAGGCAGAGGAAUUUUCCAGGAGAGCCCUUGGAAAAAUCAAUGAGCUUGCAAAGCUGGAGGAGCAGAAUGAAGUUCCUGCCACCAGAGAGACUCAGAGAGCUUUUAAAGAAGCCUCUAUCAAGCUGGGUGCCAUGAUGUUCAAGCGGGCUGUGUAUGAGGCCAGAACAAGACCCAGAACCAUGUUCAGAGUCAGAACCAAAAGCACCCUUAAAGACAUACCUAAUGUGCCAUGGCCCCGUACUACAACAGAGCGUAUGCUAAUGGGACUGUUUGACAGCGGUGCCGCACAGUUCUUUGCCAUCUUAGAAGCACUUUGGGACAGCACCAAACACCCACUGCAAACAAAGAUGCCAGAUGAACCAGAGCUGCAGGAAGUGAUCCUGGAACUCCUGUCUGCUGGCAUCAGUAUAUUAUCUGGAGCAGCUACAAGUGAGCAAAAGUGUGAUGACCACACAUGCAUGUCCCUUAGUGCACUGACACCAACAUCGACUCUAAUGGACUUAGCCCUUACAGGAGAAAACAAAGUGCCCUUCACGUCUGCGGUGAGGUUCAUUAAGCUGUUGUUUCAGUACAAGCAACCAGAUGCAUUCACCGAACUUGCCAGAGAGAUGCUGCAGGUUUUGUCUGGUGUAGAAGGCCAGUCAUUCAGGAAGGCAGAGAUGGAGCUUGCUUUACUUGAUGGUUUCAAUAGUCUGCUGUCUUCCCAGAGGAGCCACCCUAAAGACGACAGCUUGAUUGAUGACAGACACAAGUCUUCAUUCUCAAUGAGCGAUGAGUUCAUUUGCCUUGUAGACACUCUGCACAAGUCUGUUUGUGGCUCUGCUCCAGAGGUGCAGCCAGAUGGAGACCUGGUUUUGGAUGUUGUGUUAUUUCUCUGGCGUAAAGUGAAGGUGGUGAUACAGAAGGAUAAACUGCAAAACCCAGUUUACCCAGAGUUUACAUGCUACCUUGAGAAGGUCGAUAAUUACGACAAGUGGCUGUGGUGUCUGUCUAGGCUGUGUGAGGUGGGCUUUGCCUGUGACCUGGCAUCUGUGGACUGCAUACUGAUGACAGAGAUGAUCCACACAUUGGUUAUACUGUUAGAGAGUGCAGCUGAACGCAGUAAUCAAACACAAAAUCCAGCUUCUGGGGCAGAUGGUGAUGGUGUGAAAUCAAGCUCUUUCUCUUUUCAUGAGAGUUCAAGCACAGAGCUGCUUCAGAAGGUGUGUGAGGUGGUGAGGAGAGGGCUUGAAGCUCUGGCAAAGGGUGCUGCUACGCUGCUGCCCCAAGACAGCUCAGCAAUCACUGACUCUGCCUUCAUGCAGAAGGAAAAGGAUGAGGUGGAAUCUAAGGCAGAAUCAAAUAUUAAAGGCUCUGGACACAUUCAGUCCUCACGUGUGCACCUGCUGACCACAGACCGUCAUCUGGAGCUAGAGAUCAUCCACCACAGGGCUUCCGUCAAGUUACUGCAGCUAAAUGCAGUUGCGGAGUCGGAACUGUUGGAUCGGAUCAAGAAGAACAAGGUGUCCAAGGCUCUUUUCCUGAUGCAGAAAGCCUUGCUGGCGUACAAUAACAUGGAACCAAAUCAGAGCAGCAAAACCAAGAGUCUGCUAGAGGAGGCCUCCUCCCUGAUGGAGAAAGCAGGAGUGGAGGAGAGAAGAUUGUACAUUGCUGCCACUUGUAAGACCAGAGCUGAAAAUAAAGACAGAGGACUGAAGGAGGAAGAAGAAAACCCUCCACCUCCCCCCAUCCUACUUUCACGCACUGACCACUCCUUAACCUUUACCCCAGCACCUUAUAAAUUGGAGAGACAGGUGUGCUGGUACCAGCUCUGCGGCCAUGCAGCUGAGGGCAUUAACCGAAAAGUCCGCCUCGGAGACUGCAGCCUGCCAGGAACUGGAAAUAUGGUACCAGCAGUAUCUGGUGAAUGUGUGCUGACGGUGGAGGGGCUGGUGCCCAACCAGAAAUAUAUGUUUGCUGUUGCAGCCUAUGACAGCCAGGGCAAGCUACUGGGCAAUGCCAUAGGGCGGACAACAUUCCCACUGCUGGCAUCCAUGCCUGUACCCCUGCUUUCUACAUGGGCUCACAUGGCUCAGGUGGCAUUUCAAACAGAACAGUAUGCCUUAGCAAAGAGAGCAUGCAGGGAACUGUGGAGCCACUAUACCUUCCCUGACCCUGGGUCCUACAGUACACAGGAUAGACUCGCUACCACAAGGCUGCAUGAACAGACCCUCAAGUGCUCCUCCCCUUGCCUGUGUCAGUUGUUCCUCACUUCCAUCUUCAUUGAGACAGAGAUCAACAUUCAGCAGGGAUCUCUCUACUGUGACUCAUUCAGUGAAAAUGGGCCGUUUAUCUGGGAACAGGAAGCCAGACUGGCAGAAUGUGAGCGAAUGCUGGUGGCAAUGGACUUGGCAAUGUGUUUGAAUGAUGGUAUCGCUGCUGUGCAAGCUGUACUAAUCUGUUAUGGCCUCUUGGCACCUCUAAUCUUCCAUCAGAUCACUUGCAAUCCAGUGGUACAGGUGCUAAAGAAAUGCUUGGUAGUUUUGGAGGAGAAUUCAGGGCUUAUCAAACAAAAAUGGACUGGAAACAUCUCAGAGUCAUUUAUGCACAUGAUAGCCUGCAUCACCUACUACCUGUCGAAGACAUUGCGUGUGCUCGGGGAGCAUCAAAUGGCUUUUGCAGUGAUGGACUGUAGUCGCAGGUUGCUCCAGGAUGUCUAUGACACCCAGCUGCAGAUGAGGAGACUUGCCAGUGAAGCUGUGGGUCUGAAGGCACUGCAUGUGAAAAACAAGCAAAGAAUCACAUCUGCAGCAGCUCUCACCACAGACAAUGAGAUGUCACGCCCACUGACUGGCUGUGACGAUCCCAACACAUUGUAUGAUCUGGUCUCCAGCAGCACAUUAAAAGACGCCUAUCAAGAUGUGAUGAAGCUCAGACGGAAGGUGUAUUUCGCUGAGUAUGCAGCGCUACUACUCCAGAGAACCAUGGAGGAAGGCCACUCAGACCUUGUAUUAAAGUGGGGACAAAGCAUAUUUGACUUUCUUUCCAGGCGUGAUGAGGUGAUGGGACUGUCCACAAAAUGUCUGGAAGGAAACAGUCACAGUAAAAGAAGAAAUAGUGUUCAGGCUCCUAAAGGAAACGAACCGUCCCAGAACAAGGGCACACCAUCUCAUGAUGACACAAGAAAGAAAAUAAAGCAGAAAAUGCCACACAGCAUGCUUCAGAGAGUGAGAACUCACAGGGAGAUGCAGGUCGUGGAGAACCUGCUAACCAUGAUGUCGUCUGUGGUGCAACGCCACAAGAAGCGGCUUCAGCUGAGGAACCUGUGCUGCGAGGAGAGAGUGUGGAGGUCACAUCUUAACUACAUCAUGGCUCAGGCACAUAUAGCACUGCUUUACCAGGGCCUGGACCAGCUACAUGGAGGAGCCCUGCAGCACAGGUACAGCCAGUUAAAUCACUUGUGUUUCUCUCUGGCCUACUCUGGUGUCCUGGUACGGAGGAACUCACAGCAACAGCAGUCUUCUAAAUGUGAGGUUAUCUCAGAGAGAGACUCCUCUCACCCCAGUCUCAGGGAUUACGUAGCUGCACACAAAGACACAGUUAGAGCUGAGGACUCUGACACAGAGGAAAGUUGUGAGGAGGUAGAGGACUCCUCUAAAGCGGUGGAACAGCAGAUUGAGAUGCAGAGGCACAGUGCUGCCUUACUGCUGGAGUCAUUUAACAAAGCUGCUUUACAUCUACGAAGGGCCAUGGUGUUUGCCCAUCGUGGCAGCCACUGGACCACUCUGCAGUGUGUGUGUCAGACUGUGUGGGACCAAAGCUGCAGAAUUGGUUCCCUAGUACAGACAUCUGUUCAGCUCGAACCUCACUCCCCCGUUACAGCAGAACAGCUGCACACCACUGUCACUCGGCUACUGGUGCUGGCUACUGACCUAAUCAUGGACAUGCUUAACAGACUAGGGCUGUGGAGUUUGUAUGACAGCGACUUGACUGAGGACGAACUAGAGUCCAGUCUUCAUUUCUCUGCCCCACUGGAUGACAGCACCCAGGUGGACCUGCGUUGGGUCCGCACUUUGGUUUUGCACACUCUGGAGCGGCUCCAUGAUAGUGGCAAAUGGGAAAACCUGGCCCACUUUGCCUUACUUUUCAACUCAUACACACGGGAUCAUUAUGCCUUGAUCGUAACUCCUCUACUAGUCCACGCACAGAGGAGGCUGCUUGAAAGGAUUAGGUGUUUUGGAGGACCUGCGGUUCCACAACCACACCAUGUCAAGACACAGAAAGCCACUGGCAAGGAGGUAACUUACAGGAGCUAUGCAGACUGCCAGCUGCUCAGUGGGUGGACCCCUCAUCAUCCACAGCAACCACCCAUUCAUAAAAAAGCAGCACUCACAAACUCCACUCCUCAACAUGCAGUUGAGCUUAAAGCUGCAGAAAUGCAGUGCUCCAUGUCCCUUGUGCGCGUUCCUCUGGAUGUAGAAGACACGCUGAGCUGUUACCGUCAAGCUCUUGAGAGAAGACCAUAUUGUCUUCAGGUCUUCCAGCACAGUCGCUCAUUACUGUUGCUGCUUCUGGCAUCCACACAACCCUGCUUUGCGGCACAGUGGCGGCACUGUCAGAGCAGGGGUCUCAGCCAUUCUGCAAGCCUGGUGAACUUCAGUCCCAUAGUUAUGCCCACUCCAAACAUUCAACCGUGCAACCUGACAGAGGAGGACUACAGUACUCCAAAUGCUCUCUACAGCCUCCCUAUCAGCAUUGAUCACAUACCGACUGUCACUGCUGCAUACUCCACCUCCAUUAAGUAUCUCCAAGCCAACGGUCAUGACUCCCUCAGAGUGCUGGCACUGCAUGAAAUGGGAAACCUGCAUUUCUACAACAGAAACACAAGGGCAGCACACUCAUGCUGGAGUAAAGCUGUAGAUUGCGCCUUACAGAGCUCAGGCACAGUAGAGAAAUGGGAUGGCGUAUCGUUUGGAAGUGACUCCCUACAACAAACCCUGAAACAGGCUGGCAUUUGGGGAUGUCUGCAGGCUGCUGGGCUUACUGCUAAGAUUGCACAGCAUAUCUUAGUUUCUGAUAUCAACCAGCGGACCAAGUGCUGUCUCCUUUCUGCUCACCUCUUCAAGUGUGUGCUGUGCUGCUCCCUGGCCCAACCCCAAGCUGACCUCCAGUAUGCCUCCCAUAGCAUUGGAGAUGAACUGCUUCCUGGAGUCGACCUUUUCUCUGAGCCUCACAGGGUUCACCUUGGUACCACUGUAACCAGCCUUAACUUCAUCUGCCACUGGCUUUUCACCACAGGCUACCAUAUCAUGCUACUUCCCAUGCUAGCCCUUUACCUACAUUUUGUGGGGACUGUGUGCAGAGAUGUGCAACGCACGGUUGAGGGCAGAAUACUAAAGAUACUUGCCCUUACUGAACUGUGUCUGUUCACUGAAGCUGUAAAGGAGGCAGUUCAGCUCACACAAGGAAUAGGCAUCCUGCUGCCCUAUGGGCACUACAUCGCCAAAGACAAUUACAAACCUGUGAAGACGUUCUACAGCAACAAGUCUCUUGUGGACAACACUGAGGCUUUGGAAGAACUUGUGAACUGUGACUUUGCUCCAGUGGUCCGAACGUUGUAUGGAUCCACAUUGUGCCUCCGAUUGAACCUGGCUCGUAUUCAACUAGUCCUGGCUCUCAGUAACACCGUACAUGGCUCUCCUGUGCCAGAUUCUGUUGAAGGAGAAGCUUGUGCCAGCAUAAGAAGUUCUUCAGUGAACUCAAAACACCAUGAACAGGAUGAACUGGACACUGAGAGCUGCUGUCAAAAGACAGAUGAGCCAAAAGUGCUGGAUCUUGAUACAGAGAAGGAGAAGCUCACUCCAGAGAGGAUUAAGUUCCUUUUGUUAGAAGGAGCAUCCUCCUUGUUGGACUCCAUUUCACAGCAGCUCCCAUCUCAGUGCAGCAGUGAAAUAGAGAAACUGGAACUUGUAAUAGAGUCCAGCCUUCUAAAAGCCAACCUCUACCUGCAGCAAGGAUGCACUGCACUUAGUUCUGAGGUGGCAGUUUCAUCUUUGGAGCUGCUGCAGACGUCUCCUGUAAUCAUGGGGGGACCCAUGCCUGGCUCUCAGAAACCUGUGUCUGAGCUCCCACACCCCAGGACUGGAAUUGAACAGGGUACUAAAGAUUUCAGCGUGUCAAACCCUCCGCAUGAAGACUGUCCCAGAGCAGUUGAGGCUAGUGAGAGAAUUGGAGUUUGCCUGUGGCUGCGUUGUCGCCUGGCACUGGUCCGCAGCCUGGCUACAUGCAUCCCGUACACCGCUUCCCUUAUUCCAGGUAAGAACAUUAACGAGGAGGCAGCUCAGGUGUUACAGGAGGGUCUUGAUGAAUGUGCGCUAUGGGGAGACCUUGAUGCUCAAGCCCUUUUAAUGGUCGAAUUUGCGGAAUUGGAAGCAAAAAGAGGCAAGACUGAUGACAGCAUGGCAGUACUGCAGGAAGCAGUGAGCCUGCUGUCAGGACGGACAUGCAUACCACCAGGGUCCAGUGUGACACUGGCCCGGGCCACUUUGCUGCUCAGUGACCUGAAAAGAGCACAGAGCACUACACUUUUAAAACUGACACAAAAACUACUCCAAAAGCAGCUGUGUGUUUUUGGUGAGAAUGUGGUGUUGGAUGAUGGAAAAGUGUGUUUCUGUCCUCCCGGACCCCGCAACGUCUACCUCCCGUACCUCAGCAUACUGGAUCAGACCACUUUGCGAAUCGGUCAGGUUUCUGCUGAGGAUCUCAGUACCAUGGAAAUGCCAGUCCCUGCACAUGCAUUACAGCCCACUUCCAAACAGCAUUUGCAUGAUUCCAACCAGACUGAGGGAGACUCUGAAGUACCAGUUCCGUCUUUGAGCAACCCAAGCACCUCCAGUCCUACAAGCCCCCCAUGCUCAGUCAGAGAGCCAGAAUAG